AUGGUCCUCACUUUCGAAGCGAAGGCGGAAAUCGAUGCCCUGGUGAGCCACACACAGGGCGGGGACUUCCUCGUCAAGAAUGUGCAGCAGAUCUUCGCUCUGUUGGAGAAACAUGGACUCAUGACACACAUGAGGAUUCCCCCGCAAUUCGUCGGUGUGCACCCGAAGAACCGCGACGGGGCUUGCUUGGUGGCGGAGGACGUCCACGAACUCCUCGAGUCCAUCGCCCAGGUCGGCUUCGUUCCAAGCCGUGUGCAUGCAAUCGCCAUUGAGGUCUCCGGCCCUGAGGAGUUGGAGUUGAAUGAGAGGUUGGUGACCUCUGCGGCUGGGCGACUCGGUACCAUCGACAAGAGUCGCCUGAAGGCUCUCAGCCUGUCUGCAUCCCACACCAAUUGGGCCCUGAGAUUGGUGGCCUGUGGCCACAAGGCCGAGUAUGCCCUUGUCAAGAAGCAAGCUCUCGCCUCGAAGCAAGCCAUGAUCAAGUUGGCUCUCACAGGCCAUGUGCUGACACCUACGGCCAUGAAGAAGAUCUUCACAAAGGACACACUCCCAAAGGCGAUCGCAGCAAAUCGUUGCAUGUCCAUGAUCAGGGAGCUGCUGCAGAAUGGUGGCGGUCCGAGCAUCGAACACCCGGACUAUACCAGAGUCGUGAAUUUGCUCGGGGUAGCAGAUGGCAACAUGGCCAAGGUCGUGCUGGGCAUGCAGCCUGGCGAUGGCGAGAAGAAGUACGGAGCCGCCGAGAGUGUUGCUCACGACACGGUUGUCAUCCUUAACAGCAUGUUGGGACUAAGCAUGACUUCGCCUUGGGCAUUGCAAGCUGAAGAGACAAAGGUAGCAACAGGCCAAAGCAGCAGCAGUUCCCAUGAAAGGAUGCGAGAGCUCAACCCAGACGGCUCCCUCAAGAACCCUUCCGAUCUGCUCGCUGAUUCCGGCUUCGUGCAGGAUGCCUUCUGCCGAAGGAGGAAGGAUAAGAUGGAGUGUGUCAUCAUGCAAGCGAAAGCACCUCAUGUUCAGCUGAAGGAGCUGAAGACUGGUGGCCUCAUGAAGGUUAGCAUGGAUGAGUUCAUCUCAGGCCAGUGGGUGGUGUUCAAGCCCAAAGCCGAGGCACAGGUUUUGGACCAGCUGGAGAAUUUCGGCCCUGCAGCUUCCCCCGACUUCCAAGCAUGCAGCAUCGUUGCAGCGAUCCACUCCGAGGUGGCCCGAUUGGUUGGUCAUCACUCGUCUGAUGAGGUUUGCAAGAGUUUGCAGCUCCAGAUGAAGCCAUUUAAGUCUGUGAUUGCUAAAGCAAACUUCGCCAAGAACAAGCUGGUGCUUGUUCCAUUCACAUUCAAGGUCCUGAUGCGAGAGAAGAAGUCGGAUCCAGUCUCGGGGGCCGUCCAGGUCGUCGUGCCAUCUUGGAAGAUGGACAAUCGCGAGUUUUGGCUUGUGUCCUGCAACCAGGCUCCCAAGGAAGACGACGAUGGCAACACCCUCACGAAGGGCUUCAUCUCGCCAUUUUUCGCGAUUGCAGGGCAGGAGGAGGAGGACCUCGUGAACAUGACAUCCUUCAUGUCAGGGAAUAGCCAGAGCAUCGUCAGAUUCCCCAUGCUGAAGAACAGCAAGGCAAUCUCGGCUGGCGAUCAUUUGUGCACAUUGCGAGUGAAGGAGAAGGCUGAGUCGAAGGCUCCUCCUGCUAAGAAGGCCAAGAAGUGA